GUGUCUUCGAGGUAUGGCGGCUUUCCUCCUUCUCCUCUGCGUUUCCCCUUCCAAUCGGCCGCCAUCCGGAGCGUUGCGGGCGCCGGGCGCUCGGGGUCGCCGGCGUUGAGCCGGCCUGGGGUGGAGGUUCCAGACGCGGGCCUUCAGGAUGGUGCAGCGUUUGACAUACCGCCGUCGGCUCUCCUACAACACCGCCUCCAACAAAACCCGGCUGUCCCGAACCCCUGGAAACAGAAUCGUUUACCUGUAUACCAAAAAGGUUGGGAAGGCCCCGAAGUCCGCGUGUGGCGUGUGCCCCGGCCGGCUUCGAGGAGUCCGGGCAGUGAGACCUAAAGUUCUGAAGCGGCUGUCUAAAACAAAAAAGCAUGUCAGCCGGGCCUAUGGCGGAUCCAUGUGUGCCAAGUGUGUCCGAGACAGGAUCAAGCGCGCUUUCCUUAUUGAGGAGCAGAAAAUCGUCGUGAAAGUGUUGAAGGCACAAGCACAGAGCCAGAAAGCAAAAUAAAUCAAUGAAGCGUUUUUGAAGAAUAAAAUCAAAAGGCUUGUUCUGU